AAUUUUGGCGCAUGCAGUUCCCUCCACAUCUAUCCGAAACCAAAUUCCCUCCUUCCCUCGUUUUCUGCUCUCGCCUCCUCUACGCUCCUAACUCCCUCUUUUCCUUCCAAACCCUUUUCCCCACUCUUUCUCUCUCCAAGCCUCACUUUCUCUCUCUAAAACCCUACUUUCCGCCCAUCCUCCCCCUUUUCCCUCCAAAUUCCCCACAAUUUCGCUCCGCCCCUCGCCCCAUGUCCACCACCGCCGGACCUCCCGACCGCCGUGCCUCGCCGCCUCGGGGGGCUGCCGGCACCACUAUCCGCCCCGCGCUCAAGCGCCACCUAGCUUUCGUCACUAAACCGCCCUUUGCUCCCCCUGACGACUACCACAGCUUCUCCUCCAUCGACUCCCGCCGCCUUGCCGAUGAAGCCGUUGUCGUUAGAUCUCCUUACAUGAAGCGAAAGGGUGGAAUGAAUGACAGCGAAGGAGAGUCUCACACACAGAAGUGGAGUAACAGUCCUGGAUACACUAAUGUUAGUAACAUAACGAAUAGUCCCUUUAAAACUCCAGUGUCUGCAAAAGGAGGAAGGACACAGAAGGCAAAGGCUUCCAAAGAAGGCAGAUCAUGUCCUCCCACACCCAUCUCAAAUGCUGGUUCCCCGUCUCCUCUUACUCCUGCCAGCAGCUGCCGUUAUGACAGUUCCUUAGGUCUCUUAACCAAAAAGUUCAUCAAUUUGGUCAAGCAUGCAGAGGAUGGUAUUCUUGAUCUAAAUAAAGCAGCCGAGACUUUGGAGGUGCAAAAGAGGAGGAUUUAUGACAUAACGAAUGUUUUAGAAGGCAUUGGUCUCAUUGAAAAGAAACUCAAAAAUAGAAUACAUUGGAAGGGAAUUGAAUCUUCCACGUCUGGUGAGGUGGAUGGCGAUAUAUCUGUGCUUAAGGAAGAAGUUGAGAAACUUUCAUUGGAGGAGCAGGGAUUAGAUGAUCAAAUAAGGGAAAUGCAAGAAAGAUUGAGAAAGCUGAGUGAAAAUGAAAAUAACCGGAAGUGCCUUUUCGUGACCGAGGAUGACAUUAAGAGCCUACCUUGCUUCCAGAAUGAAACUUUAAUAGCAAUUAAAGCUCCGCAUGGAACUACCCUGGAAGUCCCUGAUCCUGAGGAAGCUGUAGACUAUCCUCAGAGGAGAUAUAGAAUCAUUCUUAGAAGCACAAUGGGUCCCAUUGAUGUCUACCUCAUCAGGUACUUUUCUUGGCUAGUUUUAUUUACUGAACUUUUUUGUUUUUUUGUUCUUAUGCUGUGCAUCCAGAAAUCACAUUAGUCCGUAUUUCCUAUCCAAUGUUCAAUUCAUCUUUGGUGUUGACAAGAUAUUCCCACGUCAUUUUUUUAAGACUAACCCUCAUGCUGGGGAUGGUUUAGUAAUCGUUUGCCGCGGUA